UCUGACUGCUUUGGUCCAGAUUUUGAUAUUCGGUGUCAACAGGAGCUUAAAGAGUAUCUGAAGAUGAAAUUCCAAGGUCUCUGUGAAGGCGUCGCUGAAUAUGGAAGUGAAGCCGUUCUGGACCAGAUCUACACAGAGCUCCACAUCACAGAGGGGUUAACUAGAGAGGUCAACCAGGAACACGAGGUCAGAAAGAUUGAAACGGCAUCCAGGAAACAAGAAACAAUCAGACGAGAAGACAUCUUUAAAGUCCCACAUGGAAGAGAUCAACCAAUCAGAACAGUGAUUACCAUGGGAGUAGCUGGCAUUGGGAAAACACUGUUAACACAGAAGUUCACUCUGGACUGGGCUGAAGGCAAAACCAACCAGGACAUUGAUUUCAUUUUUCCAUUCACUUUCAAAGAGCUGAAUUUGCUGAAAGAAGAAAAGUUCAGCUUAUUAGGCCUGAUUCACAAAUUAUUUUCUAAAACCAAAGGAAUCAGCAGCUUUGAAAUGUUCCAGGUUCUGUUCAUCUUUGAUGGCUUGGAUGAGAGUCGACUUAAUCUGGACUUCCAGAACAACGAGAUCCUGACUGAUGUUACAGAGUCCAGCUCAGUGGAUGUUCUGGUGACCAACCUCAUCAGGGGAAAUUUGCUUCUUUCUGCUUUCCUCUGGAUAACCACACGACCUGCAGCAGCCAAUCAGAUCCCUGCUCAGUGUGUUGGCAUGGUAACAGAGGUCAGAGGGUUCACUGACCCCCAGAAGGAGGAGUACUUCAGGAAGAAAUUCAUAAAUGAUGAUGAUAAGGCCCACAGGAUCAUCUCCCACAUCCAGAAAUCAAAAAGUCUCCACAUUAUGUGUCACAUUCCAGUCUUCUGCUGGAUCACUGCUAAUGUUCUGGAUAAUGUGAUGAAGACCAGAGAGGGAGGAGAGCUGCCCAAGACCCUGACUGAGAUGUACAUAGAGUUCCUGUUGGUUCAACUCACAAUUAAGGAGGACAAGUAUAGUGGAAACGCUGAAGAUCCAGACAACAGGAAGUUGAUUGAGUCUCUAGGAAAACUGGCUUUUGAUCAGCUGCUGAAGGGAAAUCUGAUAUUCUAUGACAAAGACCUCAAACGUUGCGGCAUCAACAUCAAAGAUGCUUCGUUGUUCUCAGGAGUUUUCACUCAAAUGUUUAAAAGGGAAAGAGGAAGGCACAACAUCUCUGUCUACUCCUUUGUUCAUCUGAGCAUCCAGGAGUUUCUGGCUGCAGUCUACAUGCUCCACUGCUUCACCACCUGGAGAAAAACAAAAGUGAUCAAGAGUUUGCUGGGGAAAUAUUAUUUUUUCAUUUCUUUGGGUGAAUUCAUGAAGAAAGUCAUGGAGAAAUCCCUCUGGAGUAAAAAUGGCCACCUAGAUCUGUUUGUCCGCUUCCUUCAUGGUCUCACUGUGGAGUCCAACCAGAGACUCUUAGAAGAUCUGCUGGGUCAGACAGAGAACAGUUCAGAAACCAUCCAGAGAAUCAUCACCAACCUGAAGAAGAUGAACACUGGUAGAAUCUCUCCUGACAGAAGCAUCAACAUUUUCUACUGUCUGGUGGAGAUGAACGACCUCUCAUUUACUAAGGAGAUCCAACGGCUGCUGGAUUCAGGGAAGGAGCUCUCAAUGACUGACUGUUCAGCUCUGGCCUUCAUGCUGCAGAUGUCAGAGGUUGUGGAUGAGUUGGACCUGGAGAAGUAUAACACAUCAGCAGGUGGACGACUGAGACUGGUUCCAGCUGUGAGGAACUGCAGAAAGGCUCGCUCUGAAGUCCAAACCGACCCAUCUGACAGGACUGGACCUGAUCACCACCAACCUGGGAGAUUCUGGACUGAAGGAGCUCUGUGGUUUUCUACAGACUGAAGGCUGCAGACU